AUGAUUGCGCCCAGGUUUGAGGAUGCGGCUUUUGGGUUGCUGAAUGAGGUACUGGAUGGAGACGCACUAGCGGCCAGAAUCGAGGACAACGCAGUAGCACCUGUAGGUUCUAUGGCCAUGGUUGUGUCAGUAUUGAAAGACACUUUCGAAGCCGUGAGUGUAACUCGGGAUGUGAAUGUCUCUGAAGCCGUGGGAGUCUCCGAACCUGCUGAUGUUUCUGAAGUAAUAGAAGCUGCCAAAGAAGCCGUAAUGGCCGUCGAAGUCGGAUCCGUGGAUACCGACAAAGUGGAUGUAGAGGAAACAGUAGUGGUUCUCGGCGACAGGUUGGGCAACAAGCCAAUGACCCCAGCUGUGGUCAAUGAUAGUGUGUCGUCUUCAUCAUCGUCCGGACAAAUGCCCGAAGUGCACGGAUUACUUGAGCAGCAUCCACGGAAGUUGCCUGCCGUGCAGACAUACCACUGCGCAGUCCCAGAGCAAGUAUUAAGGUCUCGAGGGACACGAGACCCGUAG